CGGCCGCCGCGGGUCGCACCAGCGUGUCGUCAGCUUCCUUCCCACUGACUGCAGGCGCCACCAUCACCACCACCACCAGCAUCCCAGGAAACAACUCAUCGGUACCUGCCUAACCACCGCUUCCGUUCCGCCUGCUCCGCCCACCGCCAUCCCAAUCCCAUCCCGCCUCGUAGAUCGCCAUCUGACCAUAGUCCUUAUACCCUCCACCCCUUGCGGUAGAUUACACGUGGGGCCGGGGUUUUACUGCGCAAUGGCGCCGCCUGCAGACGUGAUGCCUGCCAAGCCACUCAUCAAUCUCCUCCGCGGCUGGCCCAGCGCCACGCUGCUGCCCGUUGCCCUCCUUCGCCGCGCUGCCGAACGUGCCUUUGACACUCCCGAACUGGCCUGCCCGGGCCUGUCCUAUGGCCCCGACGCCGGCCACCCCAAUCUCCGCAAAUCCAUCGCAUCAUGGCUAUCCGAUUUCUACGGGACCCGGCAGCCGAUUCAUAUGGACAGAAUCACCAUAACGGGCGGAGCUUCGCAGAACCUGGCCUGCUUACUGCAGGUCUUUACCGACCCCCUUUUCACCCGGAACAUUUGGAUCUCUUCUCCGGCCUACAUGCUGGCCUUUCGGAUCUUCGAUGACUCCGGCUUCCAUGGAAAGCUCCGGUCCGUGCCCGAGACCGCCGCAGGCAUCGACGUGGACUUUUUGCGCCGCGAAAUUUCCAAAAGCGAACAGACUGCGGCUGCCGAAGCCAACUUAAAGCCGACAAUCAAGCCCCAACGGCCAUGGGCCAAAGUGUACCGUCAUGUCAUCUACGUUGUACCUUCCUUUUCAAACCCCUCGUCAGUGACGAUGCCGCUGGAUCAGCGCACCGAAUUAGUUAAACUUGCCAGGGAACACGACGCUUUGAUCAUCUGUGACGACGUCUACGACUUUCUGCAGUGGCCCGCCUCAGCGGACGCUCAGCAAUCGAGCCUGCGCAAAGCCACUUGCCCGCGCCUCGUCGACGUUGACCGCUAUUUAGACGGCGGCGCCGAAAGGAAGGGCGCAGAUGGCUUUGGCAACGUGGUGAGUAAUGGUAGCUUUAGUAAAAUAAGCGGUCCGGGAAUCCGCACGGGCUGGGUCGAAGGCACGCCGCAGCUCGCACACGGCGUCUCACAGACCGGGUCGACGAGGAGCGGGGGCGCGCCAUCGCAGCUUACGGCGACGUACAUGUCGCUGCUUCUGGAGUCUGGGGAACUUCAAGAGCAUAUAUAUGGCACGCUACAGCCUGCGUAUGCUGCGCGUCAUCGCACCAUGGUGGCGGCCAUCACGAAGCACCUCGUCCCACUUGGGGUCCGGAUGCCACUGGCCGAGCGACAGGUGGACGGAGGAUUCUUUGUGUGGUUGACGCUGCCGGAUCCGCUGAGGGCUGCAUCAGUCGCACGGAGGGCCCAGGAAGAGGAGAAUUUGGUAGUGGCGGAGGGUGAGAUGUUCGAGGUGCCCGGUGACUCGGCAGCGAUCAGGCACGCGUGUGACGUGCGGCUGUGCUUCAGUUGGGAGGGCGAGGAACAGCUGGUCGAGGGCGUGGAGCGGCUGGGGAGGGUCAUCGGGCGAGAACAACAGCAGGGAAGGGGCCAGGCCGUGGCCGAGGCGGUGACGGGCGCGAACAGCUACUGGUGAAAAAAGAGACAAAAAGGACGAAAAGAGGUAGGUAGUUUUCUAGAUUUUCUAGAUUUUUAUAAAGGCCAUCCCAGUCGGGCUGCCAUGUGCGGCGGCGAACGAGGA